AUUGGUUGUUUUUUGGUUCACGAAAUGUAGCCAGUGCCUCUAUAUCCACAUUUAGAAAGCAUCGCCUAUACGUCAUAUUUGUAAACAUUUGUAAAUAACACCGAGUUGACUUUCCUGUUCUCUGAAUUUUACUUAGUUUUUGUUGUUAAAUAAUGCAUUGCAGAAAUUACACGCGAAUCGUGAUAUUACUCAAUCCCAAUGAUUCAUGAUGAUUUAAAAAAAGAAAAACAUUAGAUAAAUAUAAAAAAACUAAAAAAAAAUUCCAUCUACACAGAUAGAGAGAGGGUCAUACAUUGAAACACAUCGGAUGUUAAUUUGGAGCACAUCGGCGCACGCGUGAACCUAAAUAAUUGUAUUAUUAUUCUGGAGAUCAAGAUGUCAAGAAAUUGUCUAGAAGUUGAAUACCUAACUCAGGAACACCUGACCGGUUUCGAUAAUUACAAGUACAGCUGUUUGGAUACAAGUCCCCUCAGUAUCUAUGUGAUGCACCCAUUUUGGAACAAAGUUGUACAAAUUUUUCCAAAAUGGGUUGCUCCAAAUGUCCUGACAUUUUCUGGAUUUCUAUUUACUGUUUUAAAUUUUUUAAUGUUUGCAUAUUAUGAUUAUUAUUACUAUGGAUCAAGUGAUGAUAUGGCUGAUUAUUCACCAAUACCAAAAUGGGUAUUUUUUGCAGCGGCAUUUAAUAUAUUUAUGGCUUAUACACUUGAUGGAAUUGAUGGUAAACAAGCAAGAAGAACACAAACAUCUGGACCACUUGGUGAAAUGUUUGAUCAUGGAUUAGACAGUUGGACAGCAAUGUUUAUAACAACAUGUAUGUUUUCAGUAUUUGGAAGAACUGAUUACAGUGUAUCACCAUUGAGAAUGUAUUUUAUUCUUUGGAAUAUAUUUAUUAAUUUUUAUUUAAGUCAUUGGGAAAAAUAUAAUACUGGAGUUUUAUUUCUUCCAUGGGGAUAUGAUGCAUCAAUGGUGGCAACAAUAACAGUAUUUAUUUUGACUGGUUUUGGUGGUCAUGAAAUGUGGAAAUUUAAUUUAUUUGGUUUAUCUGCUGGUAUUAUUUUUGAAAUUUUACUUUAUGUUACUGCAUUAGUUACGACAUUACCAGUUGUCAUUUGGAAUGUUUAUGUUGCAUAUAGAGAUAAAACUGGUAAAAAUCGUACUUUGAUUGAAGCUGCAAGACCACUAGUACCACUUGUAUUAUUUAUAACAAUUGCAACACACUGGAUAACUCAUUCACAAACAAAUAUUAUUAAUACAGAUCCAAGAAUUAUAUUUUUUACUAUUGGAACAAUAUUUUCAAAUAUUUGUUGUCGAUUGAUUGUAUCACAAAUGAGCAACACAAGAUGUGAAAUAUUACCUUGGAUUUUACUUCCAGUAACUGCAGCAGCAUUACUGUCACGAAUUGCACCAAGUUAUGAUCGUGAAACAAUGUAUUUACUAGCAAUAAUUGCUGUUGGUGCUCAUGUACACUAUGGUGCUUGUAUAGUACGUCAAAUGUGUCGUCAUUUUCGAAUAAACGCAUUUAAAAUAAGAACUCCACAUUCAGAAUGACUUCUUGAUGGCGAUACACGAUAAUUUUUAAAAAAUCACAAAGGCAAACAUUUAAAUUUAGUUAAAAUCAUUGGUGAGAAAUUUAUACAUCACGUUGCAUUUAAUUAAAAAUUAUUAACAUCGGAAGAAAAUAUCUGCUAAAUUUAAAAAAAAUACACCUACAUUUUGAUAGGAAAAAAAAUUAAUUAUAAUUAAUCAAUUAAUUUAGAUAAAUGUACAGUAAAUACUCCACUAUUGUCUAUCAAUAGUUUCACAAAUCAUCUUUAUAGUUUUUUUUUAAUUUAUUUUUUCCUUAUUAUCCUUCAAUCAGUUUGUUGAAAAAAAAUAAAAAAAAAAAUACUCUUGAUUUUCUAAUGGACUGCUCGUGUAGUAGAAAAAUAAAAGCACUUUGUUUUUACCGUGUAUCGUCUCUCGGACACUAUUAUAUAAUAUUAUUAAUUUAUUGAUAUUAAAUAUCAUCGUGCCAUUUUCACAUCAUGACAACACACAGGCCG